UUGACGGGGUGGCAAGGCGGGCUGUUGAACCCACAUCACUGUCACUCCGGUUUAUAACAUGAGCGGCGCCUCAACUUCCCAACAUCGUCAAAGUGAGAAGCGGCGUGUUGAAGUGGGAACCGGCGCCUUCUUGUUCUCCCACGCCGCGGGAAUGCGGCUCCUUACCGCUCCACCUACAAGUUCAAGUGUCAGCGCCAUGGACGUGCGCCGCUGCACCCUCCGUUCCUUAGCCGAGCACGCCGAGGCGUCUCUCCCGAAGUGAUGGGCUCCAAGUUGACGAGGCAGAGAAGUCUCGACCUCGAAACCAAAUUGCCCAAGAGAAGGCGGCAGAGGCAUGACAGCUCGGCGGAGGCGGACAGAAGUGCGGCCAGAGGUGGCGGGGACUUGUUGUUUACGUCCCUGACGCUCAAGUCCGACAGGAUACCGGGGAUGCUGCGGAAGACCAGCCCCAGCCCGUACGUUAGACGGGUGGCGUGGAUCCGAGAAAUCCAGAAAUUCCUCCGGGAGCACAAGACGGAGCAAGCGGCCGAGGUGCUCCGAUCUUUGAGAAAGGACCUUGGACUCCAGGGAACGUCUCUCAAUGACAUUUUGUAUAAGAAUGCAGCUUUUCUCAAUCUGGUGGACCCAAUUUCUCAUGAGCUCCUGCUCAACCUAGCGCGGGACAUGCAGUGUCCAAAAAGGGAGACCGAUUCCUUGAAGUCCACCAACAAAAUCUGCCGACAGCUGAUUUACCACCUGACCCCUCACUCCAAGUGGACUAGACAGAGCGUGCCCAGGAGGAAAUCACAGGUCUGUUUAAAAACAACUUUAAAGAAAAAACUGUCAAGCGAUGUGGUCAACCUAUCCGGGAUCCCUCUUUCAGGCCAAGACAUCCACCGUGUUACCUACUACCUCCAGAGCAGCAGCGACGCGGUGUCUGCUGUAGACCUGAGCUUCACCGAGCUGCAAGACGAGAACCUGCGGCUGCUGCUGCCCUCCCUCAGUCGCCUGCCUAAACUGACAAUGCUAGCAGUCAAUGGAAACCGUUUAACAGUGGCCAUCCUGAAAGACUUGAUGGAGGCAGUGAAGGAACCAAAGAAGUUCCCCAGCUUGGCCUGGGUGGACCUAGGCAACAACGUGGAUAUUUUCACUGUGCCACAGCCCCUGCUGGUAGCCCUGCGCCGCCGCUUUGGCUUACGCAGCAGCCUCCCCACUAUUUAUGAAUACAGUGAAGUGCAGACACUCAGCAGCUACGAUCUGAACCUGGAGACCUCUGUUGAGGAGCCCAGUAUGUAUGAAGAUGGAGAGAGAGAUGGAGACGAAGAGGAUGAGGACAAGCUAGAGCUUCAGGCGUGGGGUUUUAGAGGGGAACGCGUGACAAAGAAUGUUGCGCUGCACUAUUGUGAGAGGUGAUCACCUAGAACUCCUUGUUAGUAUUGCAGCCCCCUCUCAACUUGAUGUGCUCACUUUGCCCCACUGGCGAUUUUAAACCACCACCACCACCACUGGCGUUCCUUAUUUCCAUUUCAGCAAGUUGGCAGCCCUGCCUCUAUGGUAGAUUUUGCGAACUUGUCUGAGGGCUUAAAUGCUUGUAAAUUGAAAAUCGGCACCGUUCUGCACUUCCCACCCACCCCACCUCUCGUUUCAAACUGAGCUCGCGAGAUGUAGCUAGGUAGAGAAUUUAGGAUUUCAUGGCACAGCAAAACACAAGCAGGUUGAAACGUUGUUUAAUAACCGGUGUGCCAAAUUUCACAAAACCAAAUUUCUUAAUUCCAAGUAAAAACGUGGAUAGGAGACAUUUGAGAAAAUGGUUAUUGAAAACAUGGUUUGGACCUGAUGCACACACACACACACACACACACACACACACACACACACACACACACACACACACACACACACACACACACACACACACAAUUUUCAAGAAGCAGAUUGUAGAUGAACUGAUUGCUACCUCUGCCAGGUCAUAUUAGGCCUAGCCAGACACAGAUGGUAAGAGCAGGAACCAUUUGCAGCAGAAAAUAUAUAUGAAGAAAAACAAGCUGCCCAUUGUUUAAAAAAACACAAAAUAUUGACGAAUAAUAUAAAAGGGUUGUGCUUUUAUUCCUUUCUGUGGUACCACAGUGUGCACAUGAGAUGAACCUUUGUUGUUGCAUGAAAAUGAAAAAAUAUUUUGUAAGGGGUCUUGCCUGUUCUUAUUUUCUAUAUAUGAGUGAUUUUUGUCUUUUUAUAUUAUUUCUAAACAGGCAUGACUGUUUACCGUAGCUCGACUCUUGUGCCCAAAGUUAAGGUGUGCUUACAUGUACGUCAAUAUUCAAGUCAUUUUUGGGAUACUCGAGUAUUAUGUUAAUGAGUUUGUGCACGUGAACAAUAAUUACUGUUUACAUUAGCUCACUUCAGCUCAAAUCCAAGUUUUUAGGAAGUUGUAUCUGAUUCAUUCAUGGCAUGGGCCAAUAGUAAAAUAUCAAGGUAUGUGAACAUAUUAGCCUGCCUGAAGAUUUUUUCUUUUUUUCAGUCUGUUUAAGAUCAGUCACAAUGGAUUUGCUCAAGAUAAUUUAUUUAUUGAUAAUAAUGAAUGUGAUAAGAGAAUUGUGUGUUUGUGUGUCUGUGGGCAUGAUCAGAAUGUGUGUACGUGUGCAAUAAGGUGUGCUGUGGACAUGCAGAAUAAAUUGCUAACUUUGGUGUCAGUGAUGAAAUGUUUGCUGCACUGCUUUGUCAUUUUCACUUUUUUUGAGCAACCGGUAGCUGAAAAGUGGGUUUUGGGUGCAGUCAAAGUAAUUUACUACGUCAUCCAGGAUGUUGAGGAAGCCCCAGUAGAACUACUGUUAUGACAGACAAUGUUUAAAUGGCCAAUGGCAUUGGACACAUGUAAUUAAUCCCUCUGUCUUCAUUUGCAGCCAUGGCUCUUUGGAAAACACAAUGUAACAUUUUGCCUGCUCUGUA